CAGCACCGCAUUUCCCUUCCAUAAAACGUAUCAGUGUACAAGUGUACUUGUCCACAAUCUUGAUCUCGAUCCUCGAUUUCCUCAACUUUUGCUCAAUCGCUCAUCUCCUCUUGUCCAUCAUCCUCAUCAACAUGGACAACGAUACCACUACUAUCAAGGUCCUCUUUGUCUGCUUGGGCAACAUUUGCCGUUCUACCAUGGCAGAGGCAGUCUUCAAGCAUUCCAUCGAGAAGCGGGGCAUCAGCUCACAACUCGAGGUCGACAGUGCUGGCACAGCAUCAUACCAUAUUGGAUGCAAUCCUGAUGCGAGAUCGGCUGCGACGUGCCUCAAGAAUGGUGUUCCUAUGAAACACAAGGCCCGUCAGGUUUGCGAUGAGGACUUUGUCAAGUAUGAUUACAUCUUGUGCAUGGACGAGGAGAACCUUAGAGAUCUCAAGGAUAUGGCACCUAAGGGCCACAGGGCAAUAGUAAAAAUGUUUGGAACGUAUGAUCCCAAGGGCGAUCGCAUCAUUAAGGACCCUUACUAUGGUCCUCAAGGGGGGUUCGAUAGGAACUUUGCCCAAUGCACCAGAUGCACAGAUGCAUUCCUUGAGAGCCUUGGGUACGAGUGAGGAGUAAAGGCAACGAAACGCUGUUGCUUUACAUUUCUUAUUAUUAUUUAUCUACUCUCACCACCAUUAUCCCUCGUGUCCCUUCUCCAUCCCGGUGAUGUAGUCUCUUCCCUACCAGUUUCUCCCUUUAUCGUGAUACCCCCCUAUCCUCACUUUAGAUCGAAAGAUUGAAUCAAAUUCCCCUGCCGCUGUCCACAGCGAAAAUAUAAAUAAAUAGAUAGACAAAUAAAUAAAUAAAUAAUGAGUAGCCACGUUUUUUUUUGCCAC